CAGCUGUAUUAGUUACUGCGGUGAUUCCGAGUGUACUCAGUGAAACAAGAUGCACCUAAAACAAUAACACUAAUUGUUUGUGAAAACUGCACUAAACUAAUGCAAUGUGAGACAAUCCACCCGCGCUCAACAUGUCUCUCCCUUCGCUGCAGGACAUCUUCAACUUGAAGUGUCUCAUAGCGAAUGUGGACGUGCGUUUUUGCGCUAGGGUUGAGAAUGGGGUGAAACAACUGAUUGCCCUCAUCACUGAAAAUGGAGAUAUUGUCUUGCAUUACACCUUUGGGGAUCUUCCAGCUGUACUCAAGCAUAUACCAUGGCUUCAAGAAAUGGCCAAAACUAUUCAGGCACUCUGUUUUGAUACAACAGGCACAUGGUUGUUAGUUGUUACACUUGAUGGUUCCUUGUACAUAAUUCCUGCAUUAAGUUUAGUUGAUAAGAAACAAAAGGUUGAUUGCAAAUGGUCAGUGAAUGAUGUCACACAUUUUCCCAGACAUCCAAACCUGCCAGAUGCAAAAGCUCUUUGUGUGGUGUGGUGGCAAACCCUGGAUUGCAAUCAAAAUGCUUUGGUUGGCUAUGAGAAUGGCUCCAUUGGUUUAGUCAGUCUUACAGAUGGCAGGUGUCUUGGUGUGUGCAGUAUUAAUGAAGCUGUGGUUCAGUUGAACCUCUGUCAUAAUCCUGAUACAACUUUUUUACUUAUAAAUAGUGAAAACGGGCAACAAUGGCGUCUUGUACUUGAACAUCGUGUGAGCGGAUACUUAUGGCCGCCAGACUCAACUACAUCUGAAGAGGCGUCCAAAUCGCGUCUCUACAACCUGAAACAAAUGGGUGUAGAAAAACUAGCUUCACUACGGCUGAAAUUCGGCGAGGGCAGGCACUCACGCCGAAACAGUCAGGCCAGUGACACGAACAGCGAGAGCUCUCACACCGAGUCGGUACAAUCGGUGAACUCCGUACCGGAACUGCUUCCGCAUCUAUGUGAUACUUACUUCUCUGCACAGCAUGCACGUAACCGCUAUCUCUUCUGCGCAUUCUAUCGGCCCUCAAGUCUACUUACCGUUCACGCAGUUGACGUGGACACAGCACCUCUCUACACGCACAAAUUACCCGCCAAGUCCGAUUACAUCUUGCUAACGGACCGAUUGAUUUUUGUCAUUGAUGAUACCUAUACGAGUAUCACCAUCAUCAGUUCACAGCUCUCUGAAUGCGGACUCGAAGGUGACACCGAAUUUAAUCCAGACGCACUCAUUGGACAGUUUACAUUUGAUCGCGACAAAGAAAGAAUACUCAACAUCUUCAAAGUCACCGACACCACAAUCAUCAAGAAUAAGCAGGACCGGAAGGAUAAAACCUACGCGCUGCCGAUCAGUAUUGACGACGUUAACAUUCCGAAAGUGAGGAUCGAUACCUGCGUUGUAAUCACCAACGUUUCCAUCUACAAGAUUACAUUAAGCACAUCGCCGGUUAAAAAAUUCAUCACGCUAAUCAACGAGGACUGGAAUCUUAUCAAAGCCGAGCGCGUAGCGUUAGUAUGCGGAUUGAAUUUACAUCAGCUGCUGGAGAUAUGCGGCGAUCUUCUGAUCGCCAAGGAUCAGUACCACCAGGGAUUAGUUUUAUAUAAGCAGGCAAAGGUGCACCUACUUAAACGAGUGCUGAAAUUAGCUGUGUCUGCUGAUUGCAAGGCUCUGUUAAAGUACAUCAAUCUAUGUCUCAGCUCGAGCAAAGUCGACAUGUCGAUGGCAACGAAGAUUCAUAUCGGUAAUUUGGGUGUUAUGGCGCAUACUGAAAUGGUACUGCGUAAUAACGGCCAAGUACGAAUGCAAUUUACCAAAGAUUUUAUGAAUUUCUUGUGUUAUGAAGAAUAUUACGAUCAAGUAUUAGCUGUGAACGUUGCAUGUCAAGCUGGACAUUGGAACGUGGUGACAUUACUGGCGAAAUGUCGUGGUUUGCAACCGGAAGUUGUAACUGCGCUUAGCCAAGUAAUACUUUCGUCACAUUCGGUACGACAAACAGUCGGGGAGUUUCACUACGCUUUGAGCGAACCAUCACUGACACAGAGCCUAUUAAUUUACCCGGCAUGUUCGGUACCGAUACUGACUUAUAUUCGGAAUCAUGUGGAUGAAUUUAGCGUACCGAUUUUGAAACGUUUCUUUGAGCAGUUGAAUCCCAGCCAGCCGGUGGCGCUUCCCAUUGUGGCUAAGAUGUUUCAGCAGAAUAGACAUCAACAAAGCGACAUUGAAUCGACGCUGGACUCGAUCGAUUACGACAUCAGCACGUGCAAUAUAGUUGUUAAGGAUUUUAUAGAAACUUUUAUAAUGGUUGUGCUACAUUUAAUCGAGAAGACUGGCGAUUCAACUUAUAACAUAAACCUGCUUGAAAAAUUGAACUACACCGCACCUAAUACUGACGGCACAAAUUUACACAAGUUUCCACCUUUGCAACCUAUGAGUUGUGGUUAUGAACAUGCCGCUAUCAUCCGCAACAAUAAUGUUUAUACGAUGGGCAUUGCAACUUCCGGUUGUUUGGGAAUAGGUCCACUUCUCACACAAAGCAGCGCUCCGAAGAUUGUGCAAACUUUACAGGAUCUAAAACUGAAAGCGUUGAGUGUGAGUUGUGGGAGAAAGCACACUUUAGCACUGACGGAUUAUGGCGUUUACGCAUGGGGUUCGAAUUGUUACGGUCAGCUAGGACUCGGUGCUAUUGUUCAGGAAACGCCGUAUCCGCAGGUAAUAGCCGCUUUAAGCGACAAGCACAUUGUAGACAUCUGCUGUGGUCAAUACCAUAGCUUGGCGUUGACUGCCGCGGGGGAUGUGUAUUCCUGGGGAUGGGGCAUCCACGGCCAGCUCGGGCACGGCAACUGUGAUAAUCAAUGCGAGCCGGUGAAGUUGAAUUUUGAGCUGGACGUACUGCAAAUCUCCGCGGGUCACGCACACAGUAUUAUAUUGGGCAUCGAUGGGAAGAUCUACGGGUUUGGAUCGAAUUGCUUUGGACAACUUGGCAGCGUUAAUGUUGAUCCGACCAAGGCUACGACCCCUGUGUGGAUUCUCUUGAUGCCGGAGAUUUAUACGCAGGUUGAAAAAAUUUCAACUGCGUAUUUUCAUAAUAUUGCUAUAAGAGUAGAUCAAGAGGUUUUUAUUUGGGGAGCAAAUCCUCAAGAGGUGCGCAUCGCACAAACAAAAUUCAGUCAGAAGAUGAACGGAUUUGGGUGUAAACUAAAUGAACCCUGGAAGCAGUCACAUCACAUUUACUCUGGCAAGAAACCAAAAGCGAUUGAAGAUGUGGCUGCUGGUUAUCGGCACUGUGCAAUCCUGCACAAUGGUAAACUGAUGUGGGGUAGAGGCAGAGAAGGUGAUUUAGGGGAGGCACGCGUCAGAGAACAUGAUUUUCCGGGUGCGUUGGGUCAAAAAUUCACGCAUGUUUCCUGUGGUCCGGACUAUAUUAUGGCCUUGGAAAACAGUGGAAAGGUUUUGGCUUGGGGAAGCAACAAUAUGGCUCAGACAAUACUUGGUAAACCCUACGAGGAACAAAAACAACCUGAUGGGAAAGUAUUAAUAUUCAGAAACACCAAGCGCUGCGUCAAAAUCCCAAGCACAGUUUCCGGGAACGCCGAAGGUUAUCCAAUCGAAGUCCCCGGUCUGCCAACCAUGGCGAUAAAUUACAAUAUUGCAGAUCCACGACUUUCAGUCGCGCGUAAUCGAUGCCAAAACAGCGUGUUUAGCAUUGAAAACAAGGCCCCGAGUGCAAAGCGCAGGUCGCUGACUCGUAUCAACUUUGAUCCCAGUUUUGUCGAAGAAGUUCCACAGUUGAAAAUCGGCCAAAAAACUUUGCAUUACGUUCUGGAACAAUAUUUCGGUUUCUACGAUAGCGAGCUUAUUCUCGGUAAAUGUUUACAGUUGAAUAAUCCGCAGGCCGCUAGUAAGGUAGCCAUUUUGGAUGGGCAUUACGGUGAUUCAUUGAUAUAUCAAUUGAAAGCAUUCAAGAAUUAUAUUGAACCGUUUACGCUUGAUUUAGACUUUCACCCGAAAGCAGAAGAGUAUGAUAUUAACGCAUUAGGUGAAUUGUGUCCGAAAAGCGAGAAAAUUGAUUUUAACGGAAUUAAAUUUGAAUUCAACGCGUUGAAUUCCCCGGCACAUAUAUUAAGCACCAGUUCUUCACUGGAUAGCAUCCGUCAAUGGGAUGAUUUGGAUCAUCAAGGCGGUUGUGAGAGUCCGUGUGAAGUUAAUGACAUGGGCGACAUCAAACAGUCCAUGACGCAGUAUGUGCAGUCGGUGAAGAAUGAUAACACGCCGACGAUUUCCAGCGUCUCGAAGCUUGUUGAUAAGCCAUAUGUUAAUUGUGAUAAAGGUGGAGAUAUCGAUUAUGCCAUCGAUCUAUUGGUCAAAGAUUUAAAGACCAAAGAAGUGAUCAAAAUGGCGGCGUUUAUUAUCGAAUACUACAUCAAGAAGACGUACAAUUCAGAAAAUCAUAUUUUGAUGCAGAAUAUUCUGCUGAAGUCGAUUGAAUUUUGGCUGAAUAACAACUUGCCUGUCGCCAUUUUGGAAAUGGUGCUGUUGAAGAACAUGGAUAAGUACUUCUAUCCGUUGUCGAUCCUGUUGUUUUGUAAGAAUUUUAAUAACAAUCUCGGCGACGAGUUGGUGCAGAACGGCGGCUUUCAUAAAGCGUCGUCGGCUGGUUUCCUAAAAGAGUUUUCCACGAAGUUUUGCCUUCAUCUUUGUUCCAUGGUUUUAGAAAACGUAAAUAAGGCGUAGAAUUUAUCGAUGAAAAAAUGUUUGUUGCGUGCAGGCGCGACAUCAAUUAAGAUUUGUAGAUAGUACGAGUGCGAUUAAUUGAUAACAGAACAAUAUUUAAAUGAGUAGAUGAACAAUUACUUGAACUAGUCAGAUUGUAUGCCAAAUUUUGAUCUCGGUUGAUUCCGUCUUCCGUUAUUGUUAUUGAUUGUUGCCAUUUUUUAAACUUGAAUGUUCCUUUUGUGGUCUAUUGUGAGUAGUUAAAUCUUGAAACGGCUUUGUUUGCGUAAUACUAGGUGAACUUUUAGAACAGGACUUUCACAACUGAUGUUGACAUCUUAACGCCAACUUUAGCCAAAAUUCGCUUUUAUUUCGUGACCUGUAGAAUAUUUUCAAAGGAUAUAAUAUGCACAAUACAACAAAUGGAAUACUUUUAUCACAAUUACAAAUAAUUAUAAAUCAA